AUGGUGAAUGCCAACAGGACAGAUUGGGCACAGAAGUUAGAUGAUGCUCUAUGGGCAUAUCAGACAGCUUUCAAAAUGCCUAUUGUUGAGCUUGAGCAUAAAGCACUCGGGGAUUUGAAGAAGCUGAACCUUAGUUGGAGCGAAACUGCAAACCUGAGGUUGGAUCAGAUCAAUGAGAUGGAUGAGUUCUGUGUGGGAGCCUAUGAGAGGUGUGCACUGUAUAAGGAGAGGAUGAAACUAUAUCAUGACAGGCAUAUUGAGAAAAGAAGAUUCACUCCUCGUGACUUGGUGUUACUUUUCAACUCCAGACUUCGUCUGUUUCUGGGAAUGUUGAGAUCCAAAUGGUCUGGACCUUUUAAGGUAACACAAGUGUUUCAGUCAGGUGCUAUUGAGCUGGAAAAUGAUAAGGGCGAGAGGUUUAAAUCCAAUGGCCAGCUAAUCAAGGAAUACUUGAGUGUUCCAGAGGAUGUGAAGAUUGUGGAGGAAUUUAAACUUGAUGAAGUCUGA